AUGUAUAGGGAAAAGAUGUCAGUUUGUCAAAAGUACUAUCCAAAUGAACCCAAGGAACCUGUUGUUGUAACUGAUAAGGUUCCUGGUCCUAAAUCAGUUUCUGAAUUGAAGAAAUUAGGUGAAGUUUUCGAUGUAAGACCAUCGUAUUUCAUGGCUGACUAUGAAAAUUCAAUUGGUAACUAUAUUGCUGAUGUUGAUGGGAAUUUAUUUCUAGAUUUAUAUGCACAGAUUUCUUCUAUUGCAUUGGGUUAUAACAAUCCUGCUUUAAUCAAAGCUGCGUCUUCUCCAGAGAUGAUUCGGUCACUUGUUGAUCGUCCAGCUUCUGGUAAUUUCCCAUCUGCUGAACUACACAGUCAGAUAUCAAAACUUUUGGAAUACGCACCAGUUGGUCAGGAUAAAGUAUGGUCUGGUGUCAAUGGUUCAGAUGCAAAUGAACUUGCUUUUAAAGCCGCUUUUAUGUAUUAUAAGGCAAAGGAAAGAAACUUCAGUGCUGAUUUUACCGAAGAUGAAUUGACGUCAGUGAUGGAAAAUAAACCUCCAGGUGCUCCAAAGUUAGCUGUAUUGUCAUUCAAGAGAGCAUUCCAUGGCAGAUUAUUUGCAACUGCUUCCGUUACUUGUUCCAAGCCAAUCCAUAAGCUUGAUAUACCAGCAUUCCAUUGGCCUCAUGCCGAAUUCCCUGCUUAUAAGUAUCCAUUGGACAAGAAUGAGAAAUAUAAUAGGAAUGAAGAUAUACGUUGUUUGGAAAAUGUCGAAAAAAUCAUCAAGACUUGGCAUAUGCCAGUUGCUGCCCUUUUGAUUGAACCUAUUCAAUCUGAAGGUGGUGAUAACCAUGCGUCAGCAUUUUUUUUACAAUCCUUGAGAACAUUGACUUUGGAGAAUAAUGUUGUCUAUAUCAUAGAUGAAGUUCAAACAGGUGUCGGUGCGACAGGAAAGAUGUGGUGCCAUGAACAUGCUAAUAUCAAACCUCCACCCGAUUUGGUUACUUUCUCCAAGAAGUUCCAAAGUGCUGGCUAUUAUUUCCACGACCCAGAGUUUAUUCCAAGCAAGCCAUAUAGACAGUUUAAUACUUGGUGUGGUGACCCUAGCAGAAUGAUCAUUGCUGGUGCCAUUGGUGAUGAAAUCACAUCUAACAAGUUGGUUGAACAAUGUGCUGCAGUAGGUAAGUUCCUGUUCAGCAAAUUGGAGGAAUUACAGGAGAUGUAUCCCCAGUACAUGCAAAACCUGAGAGGUAAGAAUAGAGGAACUUUUAUUGCUUGGGAUUUAGAUGACGAAGAGACUAGGACACAGUUGUUGUACAAGCUAAAAUUGAAUGGUUGCAAUGUUGGGGGUUGCGCCGAGAGGUCAGUGAGAUUAAGACCAUCAUUGACGUUUGACAAGAAACAUGCUGACAUAUUUAUCUCGGCGUUGGAGAAGUCACUUUCCCAAAUGGAAUAG